UGGUAAUGUCAAAUGUUUGUCAUGCAAAGCGUCAAAUAUAAACAAAACAUAUUUUCACCUCUUACAUUUAGAUUACAGUCUUGUGUGUGUAUUUUCACCUCAAAACUCAAGUUUGUGGUAUUACAAAGGCAUAAAUUUGCAAACACACUUGCAUAACGCAGACCAAGUUAAUGGUGAUACACGAAUUGAAUUAUACAAGUAUCUUUACUGACUGAUGAAUACAUAACCUAAAAAUCGUAUAUUGUAACUCACAAAACGUGUUAUUAAGUUAAAAUGCGAUACGCUCAAUUAGUUGUCGGUCCUGCCGGCAGUGGAAAGUCAACCUACUGUUCGACAAUAGUAAAGCAUGCAAAUGACUCCAAGAGGAUAGUGGAGGUUGUGAAUCUGGACCCAGCUGCAGAGCACUUUGACUAUGAGCCGGUAGACAUCCGCGAGCUCAUCCACCUCGACGACGCCAUGGAGGACGAGGAGCUUCAGUGACCUAACGGUGGACUUGUGUUUUGUAUUGAAACUCUCUUAGAGAAUUGUGACUGGCUGGAAGAGCAGCUCGGUGAUGUGGAUGACGACUACAUACUGUUUGACUGUCCAGGACAGAUAGAGCUAUACACACACCUGCCUGUUAUGAGGAAGCUGGUGGACCAGCUGCAGCGGUGGAACUUCAGGAUAUGUGUUGUAUUCAUGGUUGACUCACAGUUCAUGAUUGACGGGGCUAAGUUUUUAUCAGGCACAAUGGCUGCACUCAGUGUUAUGGUGAAUCUAGAAUUGCCACACGUAAAUAUACUCACGAAAAUGGCUCUCACCAAGACAGCAAGGAACCAGAUAGACAGGUAAGCAUGUACCAUAUUUAUAACUCAAAGAAUCACCUGAUUAAAAUCAAUCAAAUACCAUAGACACGAUACCUUCAUACAAUUGUUGAUGCUAACCAUACAUAUGAGAAUUACAUGCUAGCAAUAGACUUAUUGUUCAUGUAUCAUAUCAAUUAUUUUGCUCUGUUUUCUAUAGCAAAGAAAGGCUUUAUAGUGACCACGGCCCUAGUCUAUUCAUUUGUUCAAGACAUACCCACAGUUUGCCCAACCUUGGCACUGAAUCCCAGAA